AUGCCUGUACUUGGGGUUGCCUCAAAAGUGAAGCAACCAGCUGUUGGGUCAAAGCCUGUCCAUACUGCUCUUCCGAUACCAAAUCUUGGCACUACUGAGUCACAGUACUGUUCUUCAAGAUCUUUGGAACUUACUGGAACAGAGAGCUCAAUGCUUUCCUGUCAGCUCACAUUAAAAUCAACCUGUGAAUUUGGAGAGAAGGAAUCCUUCCAAGGAAAAUUCAAGGAGACAGAAGACAGUAAGAUUUACACUGACUGGGCCAACCACUACCUAGCAAAAUCGGGCCACAAGCGGCUGAUCAAGGAUUUGCAACAAGACAUUACAGAUGGAGUCCUGCUAGCAGAAAUCAUCCAGAUCAUUGCAAAUGAAAAAGUUGAAGAUAUCAAUGGAUGUCCUAGGAGUCAGUCUCAGAUGAUUGAAAAUGUUGAUGUCUGUCUUAGUUUUCUAGCAGCCAGAGGAGUAAAUGUUCAAGGUCUAUCUGCUGAAGAAAUAAGAAAUGGAAAUUUAAAAGCCAUUCUAGGACUGUUUUUCAGUUUGUCUCGCUACAAACAGCAACAGCACCAUCAACAACAGUAUUACCAGUCCUUGGUGGAACUUCAGCAGCGAGUCAGUCACACUUCCCCUCAGCCAGAAGCCAGUCAGUCCAAAACACAACAAGAUAUGCAGUCCAGGCAAAAUGUUACUCUUUGGGGGAUGAGGCUUCCAGGGCCCUCUAGGGUGCCAGCUGCAGGCAGCAGCAGCAAAGUCCAGGGAGCCUCUAAUUUAAAUAGGAGAAGUCAGAGCUUUAACAGCAUUGACAAAAACAAGCCUCCAAAUUAUGCAAAUGGAAAUGAAAAAGAUUCCUCCAAAGGACCUCAACCAUCUUCAGGUGUGAAUGGCAACGUGCAGCCUCCCAGCACUGCUGGGCAGCCCCCCGCCUCUGCCAUCCCUUCUCCUAGUGCCAGCAAGCCCUGGCGCAGCAAGUCCAUGAAUGUGAAGCACAGUGCCACCUCUACCAUGCUGACGAUAAAGCAGUCGAGCCCAGCCACCUCACCCACACCAUCUUCAGAGAGACUGAAGCCAGCUGUCACAGAAGCAGUCAAAACUGCUCCCUCGGGACAAAAAUCCAUGCUUGAAAAAUUCAAGCUGGUAAAUACCCGGACUGCUUUACGCCCCCCACAGUCUCCCAGUUCAGGUCCCAGUGAUGGUGGAAAGGAUGAAGAUGCUUUUUCUGAGUCUGGUGAAAUGGAAGUUUUUAACAGUGGUCUGAAUAGUGGUGGCUCAACAAACAGCAGCCCUAAAGUAUCACCUAAAUUGGCCCCUCCAAAAGCUGGAAGCAAAAAUCUCAGCAAUAAAAAGUCUUUGCUACAGCCAAAGGAAAAAGAGGAAAAGAACAGGGACAAAAAUAAAGUUUGCACUGAAAAACCAGUCAAAGAAGAGAAGGAGCAGGUGAUAGAGACAGCUCCAAAAAAGACCUCUAAAAUUGCAAGCUUGAUCCCAAAGGGUAGCAAGACAACUGCAGGCAAGAAAGAAAGCUUAAUUCCAUCUUCUAGUGGGAUUCCAAAACCAGGCUCGAAGGUGCCAACAGCAAAGCAAACUGUUUCACCUGGUAACACAGCAAGCAAAGAGUCUGAAAAAUUCAGGACUACAAAGGGAAGCCCUUCCCAGUCCAUACCUAAGCCUAUAACCACUGAGAAAGCAAGCACAUCGAACUGCCCUACGCCAUUGGAAGGACGGGAAAUUGUCCAAGCUCCUCCCUCUGGUUCUUGCACCAUGCCAUUGGCACAAAGCAGUGGGCAAAGCACGGGAAAUGGUGCUGUCCAACUUCCUCAACAGCAGCAACAUAGUCAUCCGAAUACUGCCACAGUGGCUCCAUUCAUUUAUAGAGCACAUUCAGAAAAUGAAGGGACCUCUUUACCAUCUGCUGACUCCUGUACCAGUCCUACUAAAAUGGAUUUAUCAUUUAAUAAGACUGCUAAGCAAUGCCUAGAGGAGAUAUCUGGUGAAGACCCUGAAACAAGAAGAAUGAGAACAGUUAAAAACAUAGCAGAUUUGAGGCAGAAUUUAGAGGAGACUAUGUCCAGUCUUCGUGGGACCCAGAUAAGCCACAGCACUCUGGAAACGACAUUUGACAGUACUGUGACAACAGAAGUGAAUGGAAGGACCAUACCCAGCUUGACAAGUUGGCCUACUCCCAUGACCUGGAGGUUGGGCCAGGCUUGUCCUAGACUUCAGGCAGGAGAUGCACCCUCUCUGGGUGCUGGUUACCCUCGCAGCAGUACCAGCCGAUUCAUCCACACAGAUCCUUCAAGGUUCAUGUAUACGACACCUCUCCGUCGAGCUGCUGUUUCUAGGCUUGGAAAUAUGUCACAAAUUGACAUGAGUGAGAAAGCAAGUAGUGAUCUGGACAUAUCUUCUGAAGUUGAUGUGGGUGGAUAUAUGAGUGAUGGCGAUAUCCUUGGGAAAAGUCUUAGGAGUGAUGACAUCAAUAGUGGCUAUAUGACAGAUGGAGGGCUCAAUCUGUAUACUAGAAGUCUGAACCGAAUACCAGACACAGCAACUUCCAGGGAUGUCAUCCAGAGAGGGGUUCAUGAUGUGACCGUGGAUGCUGACAGCUGGGAUGACAGCAGUUCUGUGAGCAGUGGUCUCAGUGACACCCUCGAUAACAUCAGCACCGAUGACCUGAACACCACGUCCUCAGUUAGCUCUUAUUCCAACAUCACCGUCCCUUCCAGAAAGAAUACUCAGCUGAAGACAGACUCAGAAAAACGUUCUGCAACCGAUGAGACCUGGGAUAGUAUUGAAGAGCUGAAAAAAUUGGAAGAGGACCUUGACAGCCAUGGGGAUGCUGGUGGCAAGUGGAAGGGGGUUUCCUCGGGGCUUCCUGAAGACCCUGAAAAGGCCGGGCAGAAAACCUCCCUGUCGGUUUCACAGUCAGGUUCUUGGAGAAGGGGCAUGUCUGCCCAAGGAGGAACACCACCCAGGCAGAAAACUGGAACAAGUGCACUCAAGACCCCUGGGAAAACUGAUGAUGCCAAAGCUUCUGAGAAAGGGAAAACUCCCUUGAAAGGAUCAUCUCUACAAAGGUCUCCUUCAGAUGCAGGGAAAAGCAGUGGAGAUGAGGGGAAAAAGCCACCCUCAGGCAUUGGAAGAUCUACUGCCACUGGAUCUUUUGGAUUUAAGAAACCAAGUGGAGUAGGGUCAUCUACUAUGAUCACUGCCAGCGGAGCAACCAUCACGAGUGGCUCUGCAACACUGGGUAAAAUUCCCAAGUCUGCUGCCAUUGGUGGGAAAUCAAAUGCAGGGAGAAAAACCAGUUUGGAUGGUUCACAGAAUCAAGACGAUGUUGUGCUGCACGUAAACUCCAAGACCACGCUGCAGUAUCGCAGCUUGCCCCGCCCUUCGAAAUCCAGCACCAGUGGCAUUCCUGGCCGAGGUGGCCACAGAUCCAGUACCAGCAGUAUUGAUUCCAACGUCAGCAGCAAAUCGGCUGGUGCCACCACCUCGAAACUCAGAGAGCCAACCAAGAUUGGAUCAGGGCGCUCCAGUCCUGUCACUGUCAAUCAGACAGACAAGGAAAAGGAAAAAGUAGCAGUCUCUGAUUCAGAGAGUGUUUCUUUGUCAGGUUCCCCCAAAUCCAGCCCUACAUCUGCUAGUGCCUGUGGGACACAAGGCCUCAGGCAGCCAGGAUCCAAGUAUCCUGAUAUUGCCUCACCUACAUUUAGAAGGUUGUUUGGUGCCAAGGCAGGUGGCAAAUCUGCCUCUGCACCUAAUACUGAGGGUGUGAAAUCCUCCUCAGUAAUGCCCAGUCCUAGUACCACAUUAGCGCGGCAAGGCAGUCUGGAAUCUCCAUCGUCUGGUACGGGCAGCAUGGGCAGUGCUGGUGGGCUAAGUGGCAGCAGCAGCCCUCUCUUCAAUAAACCCUCAGACUUAACUACAGAUGUUAUAAGCUUAAGUCACUCGUUGGCUUCCAGCCCAGCAUCGGUUCACUCUUUCACAUCAGGUGGUCUCGUGUGGGCUGCCAAUCUGAGCAGUUCCUCUGCUGGCAGCAAGGACACUCCGAGUUACCAGUCCAUGACUAGCCUCCAUACGAGCUCUGAGUCCAUUGACCUCCCCCUCAGCCAUCAUGGCUCCCUGUCUGGACUGACCACAGGCACUCACGAGGUUCAGAGCCUGCUCAUGAGAACGGGUAGUGUGAGAUCUACUCUUUCAGAAAGCAUGCAGCUUGACAGAAAUACACUACCCAAAAAGGGACUAAGAUAUACCCCGUCAUCUCGGCAGGCCAACCAAGAAGAGGGCAAAGAAUGGUUGCGUUCUCAUUCUACUGGAGGGCUGCAGGAUACUGGCAACCAGUCGCCUCUGGUCUCCCCUUCUGCCAUGUCAUCCUCUGCAACAGGAAAAUACCACUUUUCCAACUUGGUGAGUCCAACCAAUCUGUCUCAAUUUAACCUGCCUGGGCCCAGCAUGAUGCGCUCCAACAGCAUCCCAGCUCAGGACUCUUCCUUUGACCUUUAUGAUGACUCCCGGCUUUGUGGGAGUGCCACGUCUCUAGAGGAAAGGCCUCGUGCCAUCAGUCAUUCAGGUUCUUUCAGAGACAGCAUGGAGGAAGUUCAUGGCUCUUCAUUGUCGCUCGUCUCCAGCACUUCUUCUCUUUAUUCGACAGCUGAAGAAAAGGCUCAUUCAGAGCAAAUCCAUAAGCUGCGGAGAGAGCUAGUUGCAUCUCAAGAAAAAGUUGCUACACUUACAUCUCAACUUUCUGCAAAUGCUCACCUUGUAGCUGCUUUUGAAAAGAGUUUAGGGAAUAUGACUGGCCGGUUGCAAAGUCUGACCAUGACAGCAGAACAGAAGGAGUCUGAACUUAUAGAACUAAGAGAAACCAUUGAAAUGCUGAAGGCCCAGAACUCUGCUGCCCAGGCAGCCAUUCAGGGAGCGCUGAAUGGUCCAGACCACCCUCCCAAAGAUCUCCGCAUCCGAAGACAGCAUUCCUCUGAAAGUGUUUCUAGUAUCAACAGUGCUACAAGUCAUUCCAGCCUUGGCAGUGGUAAUGAUGCUGACUCCAAGAAAAAGAAAAAGAAAAACUGGGUGAACGCUAGAGGAAGUGAGCUGAGAAGCUCAUUUAAACAAGCCUUUGGGAAGAAAAAAUCCACCAAACCUCCUUCCUCACAUUCGGACAUUGAAGAGCUUACGGAUUCAUCCCUUCCAGCAUCCCCCAAGUUGCCCCAUAAUGCUGGGGACUGUGGGUCAGCAUCAAUGAAGCCCUCACAAUCUGCCUCAGCGUCACCCCUUGUCUGGCCACCAAAGAAACGGCAAAAUGGCCCUGUGACCUACAAGCAUAGAUCCCGGAUCUGUGAAUGCACAGAAGCUGAGGCAGAGAUAAUUCUGCAGUUGAAGAGUGAGCUCAGAGAAAAGGAAUUAAAAUUAACAGAUAUUCGGCUGGAGGCCCUCAGCUCUGCCCAUCACCUUGACCAGAUCCGGGAAGCCAUGAACCGCAUGCAGAAUGAAAUUGAAAUUCUGAAGGCUGAAAAUGACCGAUUGAAGGCAGAAACUGGCAACACAGCUAAGCCUGCUCGGCCACCGUCAGAAUCCUCAAGCAGCACCUCUUCUUCAUCUUCACGGCAGUCGUUGGGACUCUCUCUAAACAAUUUGAACAUCACAGAGUCUGUUACCUCAGAUAUUUUACUAGAUGAUUCUGGUGAUGCAACUGGACAUAAAGAUGGCCGCAGUGUGAAAAUUAUAGUCUCCAUAGGCAAGGGCUAUGGUCAAACAAAGGAUCAGAAAUCUCAGGCAUAUUUGAUAGGUUCCAUUGGUGUUAGUGGAAAAACCAAGUGGGAUGUCUUAGAUGGUGUAAUUAGACGUCUCUUUAAGGAGUAUGUGUUCCGAAUUGAUACAUCCACUAGCCUUGGUCUGAGCUCUGACUGCAUUGCUAGCUACUGUAUAGGAGAUUUAAUUAGAUCUCACAGCCUAGAAGUGCCUGAACUGCUGCCUUGUGGAUAUCUUGUUGGAGAUAAUAACGUCAUCACUGUGAACCUGAAAGGCGUAGAAGAAAAUAGUCUGGACAGUUUUGUUUUUGAUACGCUAAUUCCUAAACCAAUUUCCCAAAGGUACUUUAACUUGUUGAUGGAGCAUCACAGAAUCAUACUCUCAGGACCAAGUGGUACUGGAAAGACUUAUUUAGCAAACAAACUUGCUGAAUAUGUAAUAACCAAAUCUGGGAGAAAAAAAACAGAGGAUGCAAUUGCCACUUUUAAUGUGGACCACAAGUCAAGUAAGGAAGUACAGCAAUAUCUAGCUAACCUGGCUGAACAGUGCAGUGCUGAUAAUAAUGAUGCAGAGCUCCCAGUUGUAAUAAUCCUUGAUAAUCUUCAUCAUGUGAUGGGCUCUUUGAGUGAUAUCUUCAAUGGCUUUCUCAACUGUAAAUAUAACAAAUGUCCUUACAUUAUUGGAACAAUGAAUCAGGGAGUUUCUUCAUCACCAAACCUAGAGCUGCAUCACAAUUUCAGGUGGGUACUAUGUGCAAACCACACAGAACCGGUGAAAGGUUUUCUAGGCAGAUAUCUUCGAAGGAAAAUGAUAGAGAUAGAAAUUGAAAGGAACAUACGCAAUAAUGACUUAGUCAAAAUUAUAGACUGGAUUCCUAAGACGUGGCAUCAUCUCAACAGUUUUUUGGAAACGCACAGUUCUUCUGAUGUUACCAUUGGGCCCCGACUCUUCCUUCCUUGCCCUAUGGAUGUAGAAGGUUCUAGAGUGUGGUUCAUGGAUCUCUGGAACUAUUCUUUGGUACCUUAUAUUCUGGAGGCAGUGAGAGAAGGUCUUCAGAUGUACGGGAAACGUGCACCGUGGGAAGAUCCAUCAAAGUGGGUGCUAGACACAUACCCAUGGAGCUCAGUGUCUCUGCCCCAGGAGGGUCCAGCAUUACUUCAGUUGCGACCAGAAGAUGUUGGGUAUGAGGGCUGCACAUCUACUAAGGAAGCCACAACCUCAAAGCACAUUCCACAAACUGAAACAGAAGGGGAUCCCCUGAUGAAUAUGCUAAUGAAACUCCAAGAAGCAGCCAAUUACUCGGGCACACAAAGCUGCGACAGUGAUAGCACCAGCCACCAUGAAGACAUAUUGGAUUCAUCUCUUGAAUCUACCCUCUAG